CGUUCUAUAAUACAUCAUGUAGUUGGCCUCUCGUACUAUCUAUAUCAUCAUUUGAAUCAGAUCUAUACCUCUUAAUAUGAAGAAAAAAAAAUUGUAAAACAAAAUGUUAAAAAAAAAUACUGAAAAACUAAUUUCACUUAAACUUUUGGUUUUGACUAUAUAUAAAUUUUUAAAAACAGAAAAGAAAAUCAUCGAAAAUUUUAGUCUCCUAAUGAACAACGUAAUCGUCAAAAUCUUUCAAUUCCAACACCUGAUCAACGUUACAAAGAUAUAAUGUCAUCAGUUCAAUCAUGUAGUUAUCAAUCACCACCAACAUUACCACUUUGCAAAGCUGUUCAAUUUACUGUAGAUGAUCAUGAAAUGAAAUUAAUCAAAGCUCGUAUUCUUCCUCCUCCAAUUAUCAAUAAUAAUCAUGCUGAAAUAACAAUGGGACGUAUAAAUUUAAAAGGAAAAUUUGUGGAUCCAUAUAAACUAAAAUCGAUUGCAUUUGUAUAUUUCGGUCCACCACCACCACCAUUAUCCCCACCAAGAAAAGCAUUAAUGGAAAAAUUUGUUGAAUCAUUUAACAAAAUGGCUAGAAUAUUUCAUUUAGGACCGAUUCAAACAAUUCAGAAAGACAUUGUUUGGAUAUCCGAGAAUGAACAAGAUCGUGAACAAAAUUUAAAUUCUAUUGAAAAAUGUUUUACUCAUAGAAAACAACAAAAAUGUGAAUUAGUUAUUUGUAUAAUGGAUAGCUCUUGGAAUGAAUUACGACCUAGUAUUAAAUUAAAUGGAACUGUCAAAUAUGGUAUAACAACUCAAUGUCUAUUAUAUUCAAAACUUCAAGAACAAAUGGAUAAAUUUCAACGUACACAACGUGGUCAUCCUGAUCGUAUAUUAGAUAAUAUGUGUGAAAAUUUAUUAAGAAAAAUUAAUUUUAAAAUGCAAGGUAUUAAUACAAAAGUUGAAUUACCAAUCAAUACAAAUAAUGGUAUUGUUGCAUCAGCAGCAUCAAAAACUGAAGAUGCAUGGCAAUUUAUGGGUGCUGAUGUUAUUCAUCCUGUAUGUAGACAAGAUAAACCAUCUAUUGCAGCUGUUGUUGGCUCAGGUGAUGCUGUAUGUUCAACAAGUGCUGUUCGAGUUUGUAAACAAUGGCCAAAAAAUGGAAAAUGUGCUAUUGAAGCUAUAGUUGACUUAAAACAAAUGGUUACUGAAUUAUUAGAAUAUUAUCGAGAAGGAAAUCGUCGAUUACCAAAUAAAAUUGUUUUCUAUAGAGAUGGAGUUGAUGAUGGACAAUUUGCACGUGUUCUUAAUUUUGAAAUUCCACAAAUAAAACAAGCUUUUCAAGAGGUUUAUGAAAAUGAACCGUUGCCAUCAUUAACUUUUAUUGUUGUUAAAAAACGUCAUCAUACACGAUUUUUCGUUCUUGAUCAUCAUAAUAAAACAGCUAAUAUUCCUCCUGGACUUGUUGUUGAUACAGAUGUUGUACAUCCUGGCCAAUUUAGCUUUUUCCUUAAUUCUCAUAAAGCACUUCAAGGUACAAAUCGUCCAGCACUUUAUCAUGUUCUUUAUGAUGAAAUAAAAUUUACGGCUGAUGAAUUACAAUUAUUAACUUAUUAUUUAUGUUUUACUGAUCCACGUUCAUCAACUAGUGAAGCUAUUCCAUCACUUGUUCAUCAAGCUGAUUUAGCAGCAAGUAAUGCACGAGAUCUUUUUCCUGAAAAAGAUACUUCAACAUAUGAUGGCUAUGCAGCUGAUGCACUUGAAGAACCAUCACUUAAUGAUAUUGUCACAGAACAUUUAAGUGUACAUGAAGAUAUGCGUGACACACCUCAUUUUGGAUAA